CCCGGUCGUGGGCGGGCCCGCCGCGUCAGCCGGCCAGCCCGCUGCCGACCAAACACACAAACAAGGCGCGCACGGUGGAGUCGCCGAGGGAGGCCGAGCGCGAGCGCGAGCGAGAAAGCCCACACCAGACGGGGCGAGCGAGAGGGAGGACGCCGAGGGUAGGGAGGGGCGAGGCGAGGGCGAUGCGGCGCGCGAGGCCGCCUGCGGGGCCGGGGCUGGAGGGGGACGAGGUGAAGUACCGCGGGGUGCGGCGGCGCCCGUCGGGCCGGUACGCGGCCGAGAUCCGCGACCCGGCCAAGAAGACCCCGAUCUGGCUCGGCACCUUCGACUCCGCCGAGGCCGCCGCGCGCGCCUACGACGCAGCCGCCAGGAACCUCCGCGGCGCCGCCGCGCGCACCAACUUCCCCGCCUCCCCCGCCGCGGCGCCCCCGCGCGCGGCGCCACCCGCCCCCGUCGCCGCGCCGGCGAUGGCCGCCGCUGCCACGUCUAGCCACAGCAGCACGAUCGAGUCCUGGAGCGGCGGCGUCCCGGCCGCCGGGAUCCUCCUCCGCCCCGCAGCCGCGAUCGGCGCCCCGGCCGUCGAGGAGGACUGCCGCAGCUACUGCGGCUCCUCCUCGUCCGCGCUGUGCGAGGACGGCGCGUCCGGGGCCGCCGCAGACGAGGCCGCCGCGCCUCCGCGCCCCUCGUCCUCGUCCUCGCUGCCCUUCGAUCUGAACCUGCCGGACCCCGCGGCCGCCGCCGACGAGAUGGACUGGCGCUGCGACACGCUGCUCCGCCUCUGAUCGCGGUGCCUGCUGCCGGCUUCGGAUGCGUCGCAACUCCCCCUUCCUCCUCCCCGCUCCCGGACUAACGCGGCGGCGCGGCUGCCUACUGCCAAGUGCUUCUACUAUCUCGAUAGAAUUGGAUUUUUGGUCUCUGUUUUACUACCACAAGUUCUCCAUAUCUGAUACUCUGUCUUUAUGUGAUAAUGUGAAUAAGUUCAUCAUCAUCAUCAUAUCCACGGGAAAUAGACUGAUAAUUUUUGCCA